UCUGUGACAGUUUUGUUGCACUUUCAUUCGUUCCUCAAUCUGUUUUUCAUCUGUCAUAUAAAGAUAAAAACACAUGAAUGAAAACACUUCUGGUGAUAUCUUGAUGUGUUGGUCAGCUGUAGUUUGUUGGUAUUUUCCUUCGGUACCCACUUUCAAAAUUGCUAGUCAAAACAAACCAUGCGCACUUCAAGUUCUAUCUGAUUUAUAUAAACGUAUAAGUUCACGUAAUAGUUUACAAUAAAGAAAAGGGCUAUUCUAUCGCCUUGUAAGUGGUCAAAAUACGAAAAAGUUUCGAUGGAAUCAUGCAUAUGUUGGAAGGAUACCACAAUAGUGCGGGAAGAUUGACAAUAACUUGCUUGUCGAUAACAAAGUAGUAUUCAAAAAUAACCUAUUGAUCUCAAACGAAACAAUACCAACAGAGAAGGUUGUGAUAUAACGUGAAAACCGAACGAAAAAUCCUGGAGUGUCUUUCUACUAGAGCAAUUGACAUCCGUGACACUGAAAAGAUUCGUUCUUCUUUUGGGAACAGCGUACAAUGGAUCGUGAUUCAGACGACAAGUCUUAUAGCACGGGAAUUGCCGGUGGAUUUGCUGGCUGUAUCACCCGGUUUAUAUGUCAACCGUUGGAUGUACUGAAGAUUCGCUUCCAAUUGCAAGUAGAGCCACUCAGUGAGGAUCAUAUGACAUCGAAGUAUCGUACCAUUACGCAAUCGACGAGAUUAGUCUACAAGGAAGAAGGUUUGCGAGCCUUCUGGAAGGGACACAAUCCAGCGCAGGUGCUUUCGAUAAUUUACGGUGUUUGUCAGUUUUCCUCCUAUGAGCAUUGUAACCAUCUCCUUAAAAAGCUUAAAACAUUCGAGAAUCACCAGAACGCGCGAAAUUUCAUUUGCGGAGCUCUAAGUGGUACCGUAGCAACUGUGAUAACACUUCCGUUAGAUGUGGUUCGGACAAGGCUUAUCUCGCAAGACACCAAUCGAGGAUAUAAAAAUUCCGUGCAAGGAUUGAGAAUGAUCUACAUACAGGAAGGAGUCAAAGGAAUGUAUCGAGGUUUGAGCCCUAGUGUGUUGCAAAUAGCUCCGCUAACAGGCGGUCAAUUUAUGUUUUACAAUAUUUUUGGAAGUAUGUUUCGUCAGUAUUUUAAUAUAAGUGCAAAUGAAACUCUCCCAGCGAUCGAAUUAUUUAUUUGUGGAGGACUAGCAGGAUUGUGCACAAAACUACUUGUGUAUCCAUUGGACCUGGCUAAAAAGCGUCUGCAGAUUCAGGGUUUCGCGAAAAGUCGGCAAACGUAUGGGCGACAUUUUGUAUGUGAUAAUAUGUUCAACUGUAUGUAUACCAUAGUAAAACAGGAGGGUUUCGUCGGACUGUACAAAGGACUAUGUCCAGCCCUUCUGAAAGCGUGUUUUAUGUCAGCAUUCUAUUUCGCGAUAUAUGACGAAAUGGUAUGGAUUUUGAAUCACUGAUGAAUAAGAUCUCAGAUCCAGCUAUACGAAAUUCGCAAAUGGAACGUUACUGGUAAAAAUAAAACAGUUCCUCGCCAUGACAGAUUGUAUGCAGCAAUUCUGUUCUACACUACAUGCUCCAAAAUAUCAACAUGACGAUAAACCAAUCGUGCUACAGAAAUACAUAAAACGGCAAGCUACAUCAUCAACGAUACUUGAACUUGUGGCGCAACUCUCUAUUCAUGCUUAUUAUGUUUCACGCAAUUUUUGCUAUGCUCGUCUUUUGUUGUUAAAGAAUGUUCUCAUAGUGUUUACAGUUUUAAGGUAAAACCAAACGAAACUAAAGUAUGUAUAAUGUGUAUGAUUUCCCAAGCGAUUACAUUUGGGCAGCAAAAACGACAAAGUAUGCAACUGUUAGAUUAGAAGCGCCUAUAUUUAUUUGCGACUACAUCUAAAGUAAGUAAUGUAACAGUAAUCCACCAGACUUCCAUUAUAGCGAUAAGUAAGCGACAUUAGUCAUUGUAAUGUAAAUGAAAAGUCUUUAAGGCACAAAACGAUAAGACACACAAAUUGAGGAAGAAUGAAAACGAACAUAUUAGAAUACCAAUAAGUCCAACAGUGAUGUAGUAUUUGAAACAAUUGUAUUGACAAUACAGGAUUAUAAAAAAACAAAUUCACUCUA